UCUAUUUCGGGCUUUCAUUUAUUAACUUCAAUUCCCGAUUUCCCAAUUGCAAACACGUCGCGUGCUCUUCUAGUAAAGGGUUGAUCUUUCUAUUGAACUACGAAAGGGUUCGCCAAUUCGCUUUCUAUUUACGGGCCUCGACUGCCAUCAGUUCCAACGCUUUGGAAAGAAAAAUCAAAGAGGAUGGUGACCGUGGAACCAACAGAUGAAGAGUUCGACUCUCUUCCACCGGCGGUGAGACGAAAGUUUUUCUCGAACCUUGAGCGUCUACGUCUCGAGCGAAUGCGAUUAGAGCAUAGCGAUCCGAGCUUUGACCAGGACCAUUCUUCAGGAGUAUUUGCUGCCCAUUAUUUUCAGCUGCGCAGAUCCAGUACGACUUCUCGCGUGAAUACUUCUCCCAAGAAGCGCGGUUCACAAAGAGGUCGACGGCUUCGCAAGGCCGAAUCCGCCCAGGCAGCCUAUCUUGCAACUCGGGCCGAAUCUUUGUGGUUUCAUUCCUUACCUCCGAAGGUCCAACAGAAGCAUUUCUCGAAAGAAGAACGAAUCCUCUUUCGAAAAGGUUAUCGCAAUACCGUGAUUCUCGACGCUGCCGACGAGGCGCUGUGUAGACUCGAGCAACGACGCCAGACCAAACGGUCGUUGAAACUGUCUCAAUCAGAACCAUCCAGCGCGCGAAAUUCAAUCGUAUCUCAGGCCUCUCAAUCCCCCGUUGACUCGGCCAUCGACAUGGACAGCGCUUUCAUUGACAGUAGCCGUUGGUUGGAGGGAGAUGGAGAUCUUGAUCUCUCGCUGUACGACUACCACAAUCAUGUGGUCGACACCGUGCCCACCAGCGAGAAGCCACCUCGCAGGCGAGCUACCUUCCGGCGAACAUUGUCCACCACCUCAAUGCAUCUGAGCCGGGCUUCAACUUCCAACAUCCACACUAAAGUACCUGGGUCCAGCCGGUCAACCACUGCACCAGCUCCAUUCGCAAAGCGCAUGCACCGUGCUUCCACCUCGCGUCCUGUAUCCAGCCAUCCUACUACUUCUCGCCAUAUCGCUCGCGGCUCCGUUUCGAGCAUCGAGCCCGGCGCCCAAUACUACCAAGACCCAGAUGCUCGCUUGAAACUGAGAGUCUAUCUGGCAUCACCGCAGAAAUUUGACGAGGCUGUCGAGUUCGGGUUCCCUUCGCUAGAAAGCAAGGAGAGCGCCCGUACAACAAAAUUGGCAGAAGACCGCAACCAGAAACCUGACGAGCCCCACGGCAUCGUCACAGAGGAAGACAGCACUUUCGGCGUCGAGGACACGCUCCACAGUCGAAGAAAUUCGAUAUCGAAACCACUUAAUUUGCAGCGCCUCUCUCGACGGAUACAACCUGUUCCUGUAUCGGGGAGCAGAGCGCCCGGUCACAACCGGGAGAUGACAUUGAAAAUGACACUGACGAGACCGGAUCUGCGGACGGACUCGCCCGUUUCGCCGUCGAUGUCAGAAGAGGCGGACGAUCCCCUCAAAUUGGCUGAUUUACCGCCGGCAGACCAGAACUCGGUGGUCUGGGACUCACAACAAGAUGAGCGCGGUGUGAUAAAGAAGGUGUGGCAGAGGCUUCGAGGAAGAAGCUAGGUUAACUCUGGGUCUGUGCUCUGUCUGUGCUCUGUCUGCAGCUUUAGACCGUGUUCUGUUCUUCUGUCUAGACUCUAGAGACUCUAGACACGCCCUACAU